CAAAACCGAAAUUUGCAGUUGCCACGAAAUUCCUCCCUCCUAUUCUGCUCUCACAAAAGAGUGUAAACUAUGGAAGAGGAGGCCUGGGAAGGACUCGAAGUCGACGAUUCCGAUCUUCGUUCUCUCCUCCAACCUUGCAAGCGCCUCCGCCACGACAAAAGUAACGGUAUCUCUUCCACCCCCGCCUCUUCAAACCCCCCCUUCACACCUUUCUCUGCACCUGCUCAAAUAUCGGAAGGCGUAAACUGCAAUUCUCUCCUGCAAACCGCGUCAACCCAUCCUCCGCCACAGUCACACCGCAUCCCUGGUCCAGCCGCAGUCGUACAAUCUGCGAUGCACCAGAGGGAUUUAGACCGCCAAUUUCGCGAGUCCUCGUUGUCUCGAGACGGGAAUCCCAUUCCCACUCAGGAUUAUGUAAGGAAGGCAAUUGAAGGUUAUUCGGAAUUCGACUAUGAUUUCAAAUCCAAUGCCUGGGUUUGCGCCCUUCAUUUUAUCCGUGAAGUGUCUGGAAUCACUACUUUGAAGUCAAUCACGAAAUGCAUGUCUAGAGUAGAGAAGGUUGUGGCUGUAAUAAAGACUUCUAAACCAAAUGGACUAGGUGGUCUGAUGGUAACUCUGAAGGACCCCACAGGUACCAUUACCGCUAGCAUUCAUCCAAAAGUGCUCGGUGAGGAUUUGCAUCUUUCAUUCAUUUCCUUUUACUUGGUAUUGACUCUCGACAGUGCUCUUUUUCUAGGUUGCUGUAUUUGCACCAUCAAGGUCAGCAGUUUGUCUUAAUAUAACCAUCAGAAAUCUGGAAAAGGUGUUCCCCGAGGAUAGAGAUUGUCUACCAACAAAUGCUGAGAAAUGUGAUGAUGCGCGCGUAGAUGUGGGAGAAAUGGAUAAGGAUGACGCAUUUCCAUGCAACAACACACUACAAAGUACGACACAACUUGUUGUUGUUGAGAAGGAAUCUGUGAAUUUUAGAGAAGGAUCUGUGAAAGGAAUUGAAGAAAUCAUAAAAAUGACGACUACCCAUGCUAAACAGUCAGGGGGAGCCAAUAAAAUUACAGAAAGCUCGCCGAAGAACCACCUGGGAGAAUCUCAGAAAACCGGGGAAGUUCAUUGCCCAACGCAUGCUAGUCAGCAAGAGUUUAAGGAAGCAAAUAAAGUUGUGAGCAAAGCUCAGCCAGUGGUUUCAAUGACUCAAUACCCAGAGUGGACUGAUGAACAGCUCUUAGAACUUUUUGCUGGUGAUGAAAUGGAUGAGUAAGGUUCCUUUUGUUUCUUCUAUAUUAACAAAGGAAAGAAGGAAGCUGAGGCUUAUGGAUUUCUCUGAUUCUUUUUUGUAAAUUCUGCUCGAGAACUCUGUCAGAAGUCAUAAAUUUUCUAUAAAAGCUCUCAUUUGUAAUUAGUUCUUAUUAGUAUAUUCACCCCUGUGUUGUGCGGGAGCGUGGCA